UUAAACCUUGUUUUAAAAUAAUCAAGACCGUAUUUAAACCGUUACCUAAUCCGUGAUUAAACUCAUUGAAAUUUCAGUUAGGGAUUCAUAGUGAAGCUGAAAUCAUAUCGGCUGCGUAAUAAACAGACUGUGGAAAAUGUUCCCAAGAAAAAUAGCUCCUAAAAGGGAAGGUUUUAUGCUAGCAUUCACUUAUAAGAAAAAGAAAAACAUUAAUCUUAGGAGUAGAGUUGUUUCUGUUUUAUUUAUUCAGGUGCAUCAUGGUGGAUUGUCAGAAUGAAUCCCAUGGCAAGGUUCCAAUCAGCGCUAAGAUAAGAUUUGAAUCAGAUGUUAGGGUUUUAUUCAUUUGUUCUGUCACAUAUAAAAUUACAUGGAGCCCUCAAUUUAAAUAGUUUAUUGUGGUCUGGAUCCGGAGUACUAUCCCAGGCAUGUUUUUAGCACUGGCAUGUUUUUAGGAGGUGGGAGGAAACCAAAGAACCUGGAGUAAACCCAUGUGAACAUCCACACAGUCAGUAACAUGAGCUCAGGAUUGAACCGCGGCUCAGACGCUACCCGUUGCACAACCAUCCCUCGCCUUAAGUGGAGUAACACAAUUCAAAAUAAAAUAACCAUUGUAGAGUCAGAGGCGACAUUAAAAAAAAAAACAAAAAAAACAUUCACUGCUGUAAAAGUGCUAGCGGGGGCGAACAUGAACGUUAGCCUCGGCAUUGUGAUUUAAUGUUUAUUUUGGAAUGAGAGCUUUUUCACACAAACGUGCCGUUUCAUUCAGAAAUCCAUCACAGAAGAAAGCAGAAGACGAAUCCGUAAACAUUUUAGUUUGUACUAUCAAAAAAAAAAAUAUGAUCAAAGAAGGCUGUGAAAAAUUGUCUUUAUUGUUUAAUUCACAAAAACCCUCUGCUCUUAUGGAUAUCAAACAAUUGCAAACACAACACAGAUUUAUCACAAAAAAAAUCUUUGUUAAAUAAAGGAUCAUUGUCCUGUUGAAAGGUCCACCUUCGGUUCAAACUUCAACUUUCGGACAGAUGGCCUCACAUUAUCUUCAAGCACUCUUUGAUCUGAUGCAGAAUUCAUAGUUGAAUCAAUGAAUGCAAGCUGUCCAGUCCCUGAGGCAGUGAAGCAACCCCAAACCAUAACAUUUCCACCACCGUGCUUCACAGUUGCUAUGAGGUGCUUCUCCUGAAAAGCUGUCUUUGGUCUGUGCCAAACAAGUCUGCUGUUACUGUGACCAAACAACUCCAUCUUUGAUUCGUCUGUCCAGAGCACAUUAUUACAAAAGUCCUGGUCUUUAUCUAUAUACUCAUUGCCAAACUGUAAUCUUGCAAAAGCUUUUUCCUGUCAUCUCCCAAGUUGUGCGAUCUCUUUCUGAUUGUAGAAGCAUGCACCGUGACACCAACAGUUGCAGGACUUACUAGCAGAUCCUGUGAUGAAAUUUUGGGGUUCUUGGAAACGUCUUUUUGAAUCAGACGGUCUGAUCUUGGGCUGAAUUUCUGGGACGGCCAGUCCUGGGUAAAUUGGCAGUCUUUUGAAAUCUGCACCAUUUAUAGAUGAUUUUGGAGAUGGAGAUCUUUUUAAAUCCCUUUCCAGACUCAUAGGGGAAACGCUUGAAAAAUGUGUCCAUUUUGUCCAAUUACAUCCAUCUUCAAAAACUCGAACUCCCCAACAACAAAAUAAAAGAUUUAUCCUGCGUGAGCCAAAUGCCGUAUCUUAUCGUCCUCGAUGCUUCCCACAACGAAAUCUCUGACUUCUUUGGAUUCCAACCGCCUAAAAAUCUCAAGGAAGUGGAUUUCUCUCAUAACCACAUUUCUUCAAUGAAGGAUUUGUCGGCCUAUACGUCUCUUCGCAAGCUAAUUCUAGACUAUAACUCCAUUAGCGAAAUCCGAGGGCUGGAGAAGUGCAGCAGACUGACUCACCUCAGCAUGGAGCACAACAAGAUCUUGCGUAUUAGUGGCCUCAGAAAUCUUCCACUCCAACAGCUCUGCCUGAAGGGGAAUCUUAUAAAGAGGAUCGAGAAUUUACAAACACUCCAGAGUCUGCAAAUCCUGGACUUGUCUUCUAACAGAAUUCAAAGCCUGUCUGGUCUUCAGGACCUACAUCUUCUGGGAAACAUCAAUCUUGAAAGCAAUAUGAUUGGUGAGAUCAAAGAGUGUACGUAUGUGCAAUACCUUCUGCUACUGAGAGAACUGAAUCUGAAGAGAAACCCAAUACAAGAACAACCUGAUUACAGACUGGCAGUGAUCUUCAUUCUUAAUCACCUUACUGUUAUGGAUGAGAGGCCUGUGACUGUUGAGGAAAAGGUUUCGGCUGUCAACAAGUACGAUCCGUCUCUAGAGGUGGUGGCAGCCAGAGAUCACAUGAUCCACAUGAUGUACCAGCACAUGCAGCCGCAAGGCAUCUUUGACAGCACCCUGCCCAGUCUGGACACACCAUACCCCAUGCUGGUCCUGACAGGGCCACAGGCAUGUGGAAAGCGGGAGCUGGCCCAUAAGCUGUGCCAUGAAUAUAGUGAAUACUUUGGUUAUGGGACUUGCCACACCACCAGGGAGCCCUACUUUGGGGAGGAAGAUGGCCGUGACUACCACUUUGUCCAGAAUGAAGAAUUUCAAAACAUGAUUCGUAUGGGUAAAUUUGUGCAGACGACACAGUAUGGAGGGCAUUGGUACGGCUUGUCUCGAGAGGCCAUCGAGAGCAUGGCCAGGGAGGGGCUCGCCUGCUGUGUUCAUAUGGAGCUGGAGGGCGUGUUUAGUCUGAAAACCUCACACUUCGAACCCAGAUACGUCCUGCUGAUCCCGACUAGAACCGAAGACUACAUUUCACACAUGAAGGCCCGAGGCUUCUACACUGAGGGCCAGAUAGAGAAAGCCGUGUCACGGAUCGACUUCUACGCCAAAAUCAACAGAGAGCGGCCCGGCUUCUAUGACAGCGUGAUCCUUUGUGAUGAUCGCAAAGAGGCUUACAGGGCUCUGAGGCAGCUUAUAAAAGAGUACCUGGGUCUGGAGGAGCAGGAGAAAGAAGGUGGGCGGAGCAGCAGAGUUACACCUCAAAAUGCCACCACAGAUGAGGGUGGUGGGUCUACAGCAGCCAAGAAGCUAGAUGCCAUCCCCACAGAUGCCUUCAGCCAAAAUUACUACAGCAAAGUCCAAGCCAGGCAGAAAACCUCAGCAGAACUGGCUUCUAUCCAUAGGAGACAGCAGAUGGUUCGAGAAGCCCUGGUGGGUAAGAUUCCCAGGGCCUACACACAGCUCUUUAAAAGAUAUGUUCACACAGCUCCAUCUUUACUGACGCCUCACUCUCAGUCUGCUGACCAUAUUGAGGACAGCAGCUCAGAGGAAUCCUGCUCCAGCUCUGGCCUGUCCAUGCACAGCUCAGCAGGGGUACUGUCUAUGGGAAGCCCAGCUGAUGGCUUGGAUGCAGGGUCAGAGCCAAAGGUGGAGCCUCUGGAUGUCUUCCUCUUGGGGCAAAACCUGGAAACAUUCAAAGAUCACAUGGAGCCAGGUCUGAGCCCAGAUUCGUCACUCUCAGCUCCAGAGCAAGCGUCCCCGACUGUGGUCUCCUCUCCGGGACGUCCAGGCUCCAAGGCCAAACCCAUUCUUCCCCCCAUCCCGAUGGGACGCAAGGCCGCUGAAUUCGGAUCUAAGCACCAGGACUCAGGGCAGGCAGGACAGGUGGAUGGUCAGAGUUAAACCCUCGUGCUCAUCCGUAGGCAGAUCAUACUGAGAGUAGUCAUGUAAAUCCUAAAAGCAAAACAUCUUCCCUUUCUGAUGUCCUGAAGAGCCCGAAGGCUAACUAUAGAUCAAUGACGUGACCAAUCUCUAAGAAUGUUUCCAUUUUGAUGUAGUCUUAGAAAUGAUGUUAUAACACUAAAUAAUACCAAUGUGAAAAUAAAUGAAUAAAUGAUUUUGAUAUAAAGGUCAU